ACCCUGAAGGGAAAGAUCCCCACCGAGGGCGAGACGAAAUUUAUCUUCGCCCUGCUUGAGAACUUCUCCACCAAGCCCGACUUCGACUGGGAGAAGAUCGCCAGCACCCUCAGCCUCAAGGAUACAAAGUGCACCAAGGAGCGCUGGCGUCAAAUCCGCCUCAAGUACGACAUUGACGUCCCCGAGACUGCGAGCGCUGCUGCCACGCCUAGCCGGGGCAGGAAGACUCCUGCUACUCCUGCUACUGCUGCUACUGCUACUACUCCUGCUACUGCUGCUGCUUCCGGUGGCACCGGCCGCGAUGCUGUCAUGGAGCCCGUCACCCCGACUCCCAAGAAGCGUCGUGCUCCUGCAGCAAAGAAGGCUGCG